AUACCUAACUAGGAAGUCCUUGGCAUAGAUUUUUCUUUAUUUUUUUCUAUUUGCCGUAUUUUCUCUAUUUUAUUUUAGCUGUCGAGGCUCGUGGUCUUGGUUGUUCUUGGUACGUACAUGGGGCUGCGCUUACCUUUGACACUAGCCGACUCGAGUUUGAUACCUCCACCAGGAGCGACAGGGCUAUCUACCUUGCCUACCUUACCUACCUUACCUACCUACCUUACAUACUUAAACAUCCAUAUUUACAUAUACUUAACUUACAUCAUACCUCAAGACAGAUACAUAUACACAUAUACAUAUACCUACUAUACAGACGUUGUCGAAAUCAUAUUUGCUCCCUCCGCGCAUCUACGCAGGUCGAGCCUUGUCUAUAAGAACCUACUACCUGAUCCCCCCCAUUCCGACGGCAAAAUAUCCCCCGCCUUGUCUAACCCCCACGAGUUCAUAUCACGAACCUAACCCGAACCGGUUUUCGUCCUCUUCUCUUGUCGACCACCACCACCACCACCACCAUUACCUCCACCUACGAACGACGAACAUAAUUUCAACUAUAGUUGAAAGCAUAGUAUAAGGAAUCAAUCAUUGAUAUGUCAGGUUACGGUUAUCCUGGAGGAUACGGUCCGCCGCAACAGCAAUACCACGGCAAUUACUACCAACCUCCGCCUCAACAAUACAACGGAUAUCCUCCUCCCCAGGGAGCGCCGCAGCCCCCGUACGGAUUUAAUCAACCACCGCCGCCUCAACCCUACGGAUACAAUCAGGGGCCGUCCCCGCAACACGCUGGUUAUCAACAACCUCCGAAUCAAUAUGGAAGACCUGGGCUACCUACGGCGAACUCGAACUCGUACAACCACGGCAACUUUGGUGCCCCUCCGCCGCCGCCCUCUGGCCCCCAACAUUUCGGCCAUGGUGCUCCCCAAGGAUACGCCUUCCAGUAUAGUAACUGCACGGGUCGGAGAAAGGCUCUUCUUGUCGGCAUAAACUACUUCGGCCAGCGAGGCCAGCUCCGAGGGUGUAUCAACGAUGUUAGGAACAUGUCUUCGUAUCUCGUCGAACAUUUUGGCUAUAAGCGAGAAGAUAUGGUCAUCCUCACCGAUGACCAGCAAAACCCUAUGAGUCAGCCGACUAAACAGAACAUAUUGAGAGCAAUGCAUUGGCUCGUAAAAGACGCAAGGCCCAAUGAUUCCCUAUUCUUUCACUAUUCGGGACAUGGCGGUCAAACCAAGGAUCUAGAUGGCGACGAGCCUGACGGCUACGACGAAGUGAUAUAUCCUGUCGAUUUCCGCCACACCGGUCAUAUUACCGACGACGAGAUGCACCGUAUCAUGGUUCGGCCCCUGACAUCUGGAGUCCGGUUGACGGCCAUCUUCGACUCGUGCCAUUCGGGCACUGCGUUGGACCUUCCAUACAUUUACUCCACCCAAGGUAUUCUCAAGGAACCCAAUCUGGCCAAGGAAGCUGGCCAGGGUCUUCUGGGUGUCAUUUCCUCUUACAGCCAAGGCGAUCUCGGCGGUGUUGCCAACAAUAUCAUGGGCUUCUUCAAGAAGGCUACCAUCGGCGAGGAUGCACACCAUAGGGCUAUGGCUACAAAGACCUCGGCCGCGGAUGUUAUCAUGCUUUCCGGAAGCAAAGAUGACCAGACUUCGGCCGACGCAACUAUUGCCUCGCAAGCUACCGGAGCUAUGUCGUGGGCUUUCAUCACUGCUCUCAAGAAGAAUCCUCAGCAAAGCUACGUGCAGCUACUCAACAGUAUUCGGGAUGAAUUGGCUACGCGUUACUCCCAGAAACCUCAACUCUCGUGCAGUCACCCUCUCAACACAAACCUACUAUUUGUCAUGUGAGACGAUGUAGACUAACGUUGUCAGGUCAUCAUCUUGGCGGAUACCGCAAUGAAUUAUGUAUGGCAUUUCGACACAUUACGACUGCGUUUGCGUUUGCGUUUGCGUUUUUUUGUUACGGUUCUGGUACAGCAUUCGGGGGCUCUCGGGGGAUAGGGUUGUUCGUUCGCCUUUUUUUUGUGUUGUUUAUCUGAUGAGGUUACAAAAAGAGGGAGGCCUAAGUAGGAUCGCUCGGGUGUUCUUGGGUAUCGUUUUUAAUGAACGCUAUUAUUGAUCCAUUCGCUAUCAGAGGUGUAUUUCGUGAUCGUGAGUGUUUGGUCCAACGUGAAAUAUGUCGCUUGAUGGAUAUUCUCCUGUUUCAAUAUGUGCCUACCUAAU